GCCGACAGCAAUUGCUACCGAACCAUUCGGGGCAAACAUGCGGAGUAAGAAGAAAGUGUCCAGAACAUCUGUCAAUUUACCCCGACAUCGCCACCCAGACACUCUGUCCGAACUUUUUACACGAACAGUUCCAGAAGUCAUCCGGUGACAUAUUUCAAAGCCUCACCUGUGUGUCUGACCCUCGAUCAUCACCUUUCCACGCCGAACCAUCCCGGGAUUUCGGCUGUGUGAUUCUUUUAUAAAAUCACAAGCCACACCCGGAUUGCCGGACCCCGUCAUAGCCAUGGCCUUCCGACUCCCGGCUGCCGCUUUGCGCCCUCUGCGAUCUUCAGUCCUCCUUAAGCCUGCUGCGCAACAAACACGAUGGCUUGCGACACCGACACCGUUCCCAGUAACACAGAACAUGACCAGCUCUCGGGGGCCGACAGCCAUGGUCUUCCUGAAUAUGGGCGGCCCCUCCACAACGGAUGAAGUUGGCGAUUUCCUCAGUAGAUUAUUUGCCGAUGCUGAUCUCAUUCCUCUUGGCCGCCUGCAAAACUACCUCGGUCCCCUCAUCUCGAAGCGUCGUACCCCCAAAAUCCAGAAGCAAUACGCUGCCAUCGGUGGCGGUUCGCCCAUUCGCAAAUGGUCUGAGCUCCAAUGCGCGGAGAUGUGCAAGCUACUCGACCAGAUCUCCCCUGAGACUGCCCCUCAUAAGCCCUACGUCGCCUUCCGCUACGCCAACCCCCUGACCGAGCAUAUGUACCGGCAAUUAUUGGCGGAUGGUUUUGGUAAUGGAAAAGGAGGUCGCGCCGUUGCUUUUACACAAUACCCGCAGUAUUCCUGUUCGACAACGGGAAGCAGUCUGAACGAGCUUUGGAAGUGGAGGCAGAGGUUGGAGGGUAAGGCCGGGCCGCUGGACGACGGGAGCGAUGGGACUAUCAAGUGGAGUGUGAUUGAUCGAUGGCCGGUCCACCCUGGAUUGGUCGAGGCUUUUGCGCAAAACAUUGAGGCAAAGUUGCAGGAGUAUCCUCCCGAGAGGAGGGACAAGGUUGUCUUGCUGUUUUCUGCGCACAGCUUGCCUAUGACGGUCGUGAAUAGGGGCGAUCCCUAUCCUGCCGAAGUUGGUGCGACAGUCCACGCUGUCAUGCAGAGACUAGGCCAUGUCAAUCCUUACAGACUAUGCUGGCAAUCUCAGGUUGGCCCUCAGCCAUGGCUCGGCCCGCAAACCCAGAUGUCAGUUGAAGAGUACAUUGCCAAGGGUCAGAAAGACUUGGUCUUGAUUCCCAUUGCCUUCACCUCGGAUCACAUCGAGACUCUCUACGAGCUCGAUGAGGAGGUAAUUGGCGAGUCGGGCCACAAAGACACCGUCAAGCGUGUUGAGAGUUUGAACGACAGCCCUGUGUUUAUCAAGGCUUUGGCCGACUUGGCCAAGACCCAUCUGGACAGCGGGAUUGCGACUUCACCACAGAUGAGUUUGAGGUGUCCUGGCUGCAAGAGCGACAGAUGUCACGAGUCGAAGAAGUUUUUUGCCGCACAGGAGCUGGCAUAAACAGAAUUCGGCAGAAAAAUGUAUCUUACUGUAUAAGCUUGUAAUUGCG